UUGAAAUUGAAGAACAAAUUAGUUUUCAUUAGUUGAAGGAAUUAAUCAAGAGAUGGAAGUGGAAAUCAUUUCAAGAGAAAUCAUUAUGCCAGCAGCUUUCCAAAGGAAUCAUCAUCAUUAUCAACACCAAAAAACUUUCCAACUUUCACUUCUCGACAUUUAUGCAAGCGAAACUUACAGUCCGUUCAUCCUCUUCUACAACACCAAGAAGGAUCAAAGAAGUAAUAAUGAAAAUGCAAUUUCCAGUUUGAAACUCUCUCUGUCUAAAACAUUGGCUCGCUUCCCCAUGCUUGCUGGAAGAAUCAAAGGCAAUUUUGUGCAUUAUUGUUCCUCCAAUAAUGGCGCUCUCUUUGUUGAGGCCUCAGUCAAAACUUCCAUGGCUGACUUUCUCAGAACUCCAAACCUUCAGUUUCUUGCAGAUCUCAUUCCUUUCCCUGAUUUGGUUCUGAAGCAGCCGUUGGAGACGGCUGUUCAGGUUGCGGCUCAAGUUAACUUUUUCUCGUGCGGUACUGGAAUUGCAUUGGGCUUUUCUUUCUUACACAAAAUGAUAGAUGGAGCCACCAUGAGUGCCUUCAUUAAAACUUGGGCUGCAUCCAAUGAAGGGACAUUAGACAAAUUAGCAUGUGGGAGUUACAAGGCAUCAUCUUCACUUUUCCCAGCAAGAGAAAUAUCAUCCAAUUACAAUGAUCUGGUGUUCCCAGAAACUGCACUUUUAGUGGCACAACCAAAACAUUGCUCUGUAAGAAGGUUUGUUUUUGAUGCUAUGGCAGUCUCAAAUCUCAAAGUUAGAGCAAAAUCUCAAAGUGUUUCCAAUCCAACCAGUGUUGAAGCUGUAACUUGCUUUAUUUGGAAGUAUGCCAUGAAAGCUACAUCAACAUGUAAAUCAUUAGAUAAGAAAGAAGUUGUUGAUACAAAAUGGGGGUCACUCUUAGUUCAUAUUGUUAACAUGCGUAGAAGAAUGCAACCACCAUUGUCGGAAUAUGAAGUUGGAAACAUUUUUUGGACAAGUCGUGCUUAUUAUGAAGCAUCAAACACAGACACAAACUUGGCUGAUCUCGAAACUAUAUUGAGACAAUCACUACUCGAAAUCACCAAUGAUUUUAUACCUAAAGCAAUUGGAAACGAUGGAUUUGAAACUAUUUUGAGUUCAUUACACCAAUUAUGUGAGUGUUAUGCAAAGGGUUCAGAGUCAUUUAUAUUCUCAAGCUUGUGUAACAUGGGUUUAAAUACAGUGAAUUUUGGAUGGGAUAAGCCUAUAUGGAUUGCAACCGGAGCAAAAUCUAAUGAGUCGUCGAUGCUGCGGAAUAUAAUUUUCUUGAUGGAUAGAACAUCAGAUGAAGGGAUAGAAGCAUGGAUUACUUUGGAUGAUGAAACAAUGAAUUUGUUAGAAAAUGACUGUAAGUUUCUUAAGUUUGCGUCUCCCAACCCACGCAUCACACUAGAUUGAGAUCUCAUUGUACUGUUACUUAUGUUUCAGUUGAGUAGUUUGCGCAAUAAUUAACUGUGUUUUGUUAUUGAAAGUCUCAUAGAUAUGAGACUUAGAUUGUAUUAAUUAUCAA